AUUACUUUCUACUUUUUUCUAAGAUGGCCAUUGCUUGUUCUAACAUGGCUUCUAUCUUAAAGUCAAAACCAGAUCCCCGGAGCUGGACGCUCCUAUUCAAAAAGCACAAGACUACGGUCCUUUUAAUGCUCCAGCCCCAUGAAACGAUCACAACCGCAAAGGAAGCGCUCUUAAAGGCCCUUCAGGUGCGCGGAAUAAAAGAAAUAAAUGGCGAUACAGUCCCCGACAGUCCCUCCGAAAUUGAAUUCGGAGUUGCAGUGGACAGAAACGAUCUAGACAAGGGCUGGACGAGACUUGAAGUGGAGGCGCCCACAUUCGGGAAAGAAGAGUCUUCAUCCGCAAAUAAAGGAGCAGCAGCGAAGAAGAACAAUAGCAGCUCUUUCGUGAGCUUACAAGCAGCAGAUAUCAGGAACGGACAGUCUAUCGUCUUCAGGUUCCGCAAACGUCGUGAAGAGACGGAGGGCGGUGAUCAAGAUCAGAACCAGGACCAGCCUGAUCUCGACAAUAUUGGCCUUGAAUUUGAGGAUCCCGGUUGGGAUGUCGUUGUUCCCAGACUUGACGAUGAGGAGGAGGCGAGUUGAAAUUAUCCGCACGGGCGGUCGCCGUACAUUUUCAUCAUCCGAUUCUUCUGUCUGUUGAGGCGCUGGGCUGCCUUGCUGGGAGGCGUUUUCACCAUGGCCAAUAAUACCACGUACAUGUUGUCCGGCGUCGCAUUACGGCUAUGCUUCUACCUACCUGGAAUGGAACGAGGAGAAUUUGCAUGUUGCAUGACUCUUAUGAGCUCACGAGAGAAGAGAAGCGAAAGUGCAUAUUAGAUAUAGAUUAAUCUCCUACAGGGCAUAAUGCAAGCACACUUGCUGCCAGGAAGGAAUUAUACAUGCAGACGAUUCAAGAAUGUAUCUCACAUCGUUCCCUCGUCGCUUCGGGCAAGUGGUUAGUGAGGCGAUCUUAGUAGCCCAAUCCAUCGCACCUUGCAGGUAUACAUAGUUUCUCUUUAAUCCGC